AAUAUCUUUACAGGGCAGGUAUCAGAGGCGGCCCGGGCAUGGACUCCCAACAGCAGCAGUACUGCCUCAAGUGGAAUAGCUUUGGCUCCAACCUAGCCACGUCGUUCGCGAACCUCUGGAACUCGGAGAGUCUCGCCGAUGUCACGCUCUACUGUGAGGGCCGUCAAUUUAAAGCACACAAGGUAAUCCUUGCGGCUUGCAGCAAACACUUCCAGGAGUUGUUCGACACCGCGCCGCCUAGCCAUGCGGGCGCCUGCUAUGUAUUCCUCGAGGCAACCACUGCUGACAACAUGCAGGCUCUUCUCGAGUUUAUGUACAAAGGAGAGGUGCACGUCAGUCAAGACGCCCUCUCCAGUUUUCUUAAGAGUGGGGAGAAUUUACAGGUCAAAGGCCUAUCAAUGGAAAUGUCUAACGAUGCUUGGGUGAAACAACAGACUCAGCAAUCAUCAGAACGCCAUCAGACUCGCGUCAAGACGAGUCCGGUGUCCGGUUCUGGUAACUGCGAUGUCCAGGAUUCGGCUCCACCUCAAACGCACACGGCCACAUUUGCGCCGAUCAUGCCCCAAUAUGGAAUGCCACUACAUAGUGGCAGCGGCAGUAUGGGCCGGUAUGCCCCACCAGCCCACCUGCCCAUACAUUCGACUUCGCACCGCAGACCACCUCAACCAAAACCUUCACCGUCUCAAAGUCCACACGCUAGGAAUUACAGGCAAAGCUCAUCAUCUUCGCAUUGCGGCAGCGUCGCCGACGAGCCGGACACGCGUUCGUCGCCUGGCGCCGGCGCCCGGUACGAAGAAACGCAGCCAGACUGCACGUCGACCCUUGCUAACCCGAUCAAGAACAAUGGAUAUGAACGAGCCGCUUCAGUUAAUGAUGAUAUGAUGGAACGCCUCUCUAACGAUCAAGGGGCUGAGGAUCUACGGGUAAAGAGUGAAAAUGACUAUCACACGAGUGGCUACAACAACUCGCCGCCACCAGCCGUACCGAUCCCCACGACAAACUACCAUGAUAAGCCGCAUGAGACAUCGCCCGUACCGCCUAAACCCAGCCCCGACAUUUGGCCCACGAAACUGAUUACUAGCAAAUCUGGAGGAAUUGCAACUGCUGAUGGUAAAAAAUUAAAGUGUCCAUACUGCGAGAGACUCUACGGAUACGAGACGAACCUGCGCGCCCACAUCCGGCAGCGGCACCAGGGCAUCCGCGUGCCGUGCCCGCACUGCUCGCGCACCUUCACGCGCAACAACACCGUGCGGCGCCACAUCGCGCGCGAGCACCGCCACCAGGUCACCCCGCACCUCGCCCAGGGCCCGCUCCCCAACCACACGAACUAA